CCUCAAGCUUUCUGAUGUCGGAAGGGCAACACCGCCCGAAAAAAUGAUGCUCGGAGAAGGGACCCAGCCAAAUCCAACCAUCCAUGUUCCACCUUGGGCCUUCAUGGACGAUUCAACGGCCGGCAUGCACUCUCCCAUCCCCAUAAGCGGCGUUUCCGUCAACGCCAAUGGAGGAGAUUACUCACCUUUCCUGAUAGGCGAAGCAUUAACGGCGUUACAACGGUACCUACCGUCGAACGAGACUGGUUUUGACGACUCCGACUCGGAGGUAGUGGGUCGCGAGUCGGACUUCCCGGUCGACGCAUACUCGUGCGACGAGUUCCGGAUGUACGAGUUCAAGGUGCGUCGGUGCGCUCGCGGGCGGGCGCACGAUUGGACGGAGUGCCCGUACGCCCACCCGGGGGAGAAGGCCCGGAGGCGGGACCCGAGGAAGUUCCACUACUCGGGUACGGCGUGCCCCGACUUUCGGAAGGGGAGUUGCAAGCGAGGCGACUCGUGUGAGUUUGCUCACGGCGUGUUUGAGUGCUGGCUCCACCCAGCUCGCUACCGGACUCAGCCCUGCAAGGACGGUACGAGUUGCCGGCGUCGGGUCUGCUUCUUCGCUCACACGCCGGAGCAGCUCCGCAUACUGUCGCCGUCGUCGCAGCAGCACAGCCCAAGAACCCCGAUCGCCACUGCUGAUUCCUUCGAUGGCGGGUCCUACGAUGGGUCCCCGCUCCGCCACGUCCUUGAUGCGGCUGGACCCCACUUGCAGAAAUCGCUGUUCCUGCCGUCGCCCACCUCGACCCUGAUGUCCCCACCGCUGUCUCCACCGUCGGAUUCCCCACCACUAUCGCCCAUCCGCCGCCCGAUGCUGUCGAGUUCUGUGAACGAGGUGCUCGCUUCGCUCCGGCAGUUGCAGCUUAACAAGGUGAAAUCGAUGCCACGGUCGAGGUGGGGGCCCCACAUGUCGCCGGUGGGGUCGUGCCUGAGUACGGUGUUUAGUAGCUUGCCAUCUACACCAACCGCCAGCCGGGGAUGGAUGGAUGGCUGGGAUGGUGGGUGCCUGGAGGAAGAGCCAAUGGAGAGGGUGGAAUCUGGUCGGGAGCUGCGAUCGAAGAUCUAUGAGAAAUUGAGCAAGGAGAAUUCUUUGGAGACGACAGGUGCCGGCCCCACCUCAGUGCCGGAUGUCGGGUGGGUUUCAGAGCUGGUGAAGUAAGUUUCUGGAAUUCUCUUGAAUUGGGAAAUCUUUCUAUUGUUUUGGGUUUUUGGGUGGGGUUCUAAUUUCUCUCUGAUUGUGAAAAAAUGAAAAUGGAGAAGAUUAGAAUUGGAUGAUUAUUGUAUAUAAAGACAUCGAUAAUGAUGAUGAUGGAAAGGGCUCUGUUUUGGGGUAUGAAUGAGAAAUGAAGCGAAAUGGGAUUUUGUAUAUAUAGUAGAAAAUAGGUGUAGGUUUUGGUAAGUACAUGAAUCUCAGAUGGUAGUAUUUUGUUUUUUCUUUUUCUAAUUUCUGAAGUUGGAUCUGAAAUUUGAGGAGAGAGAUUCCUGUAUUCAAAUUUCAAGCUAUUAUUGUAAUUUCUUUGAGUUCCUCAAGGAAUAUUAUUAGAAUUUUGUAAUUUCUUUGA